AGUCGCUUUCUAUUCGCUGGACGGCAAAGUCAGCUACAACGACGCCGGAGAAGCCGGAUAUGUCAGAAUAGGAGUAGGAAAACAAUUCCAGCAUGGCGGUCUAAGAAAAGGUCUGAGGCUAGAUAAACUAGCAGUGGAAUAAUGUGGACGACUUUGGGUUAGUGAAACAGUGUGUUCCUGAGAAUCAGCGGAGAGAGAGAGAGAGAGAGAGAGAGAGAGAGAGAGAGAGAUGCCAAGAUUCACAGAGACGGAUUAAAAGCCCUCAGGAUGUCCAGCCCGGUGUGAGGAGCUGCUUAAACCCGCUCAGGGUCGCAGGAUGGCGGCUGAGAGUGCAGCAGGUCACCGCUUGUGACUCGCCUCAUCGCAACUGCGGCAUACACACACACACACACACACAAACACACACACAAACACACAUAAACACGCACACACCGUGUGUUUCAUUACAACCUGUCAAGUCAAAUAACCAACACAGCACGAUGAAUACAGUUAAAGGUGGGACGGUGACCUGGAGGCCACAGCCGUGGCAGGAUGCUGACAGUGGAGGUGGCGAGCCUCUCUCAGACAGCGACUCGGAGGAAGAGGAUUUUCCAGAUGACACAACUACUCCCUUAGGAGAGUACGUCACUGAGGGCUUAAAGCAGCUACUUGAUGCUCAGCAGUUGUGUGAUGUCACUCUUUUAGUGGAGGGAAAGAAGUUCAUGUGCCACAGAGUUCUCUUGGCUGCUGUCAGUCCGUACUUCCGUGCCAUGUUCACCAGCCCCCUGGUGGAAUCUCGGCUCACUGAGAUCCGUCUGGAGGAGGUUACGCCAUUGGUCAUGGAGAUGGUGAUCCAGUUCGUCUACACAGGCGAAGCUGGACUGAGCCUCGAGACUGCAGAGGACUUGUUUGUGGCAGCCAACCGUCUUCAAGUCAUGCCUUUGCAGAAUCUGUGUUCAAGGUUCCUCUUUGAACACCUUUCUGUGGAGAACUGUUUGGGUAUGUACUCUCUGGCACGCUCACAUCACGACCAGCUGUUGCUCAGAGCCUCUUUGAGGCUGGUGGCUCAGCAUUUCCCUCGAGUGGCACGGCAGCGAGACUUUCUCCUGUUGGACCCGGGCACCUUGGAAAGCCUCCUGGAGUCGGACCGGCUCGGAGUGGAGUCUGAGACGGAGGUCUACGAUGCAGCACGGCGCUGGGCAGAGCACCGGCCCGCCGAACGCUAUGUCCACAUGCCCUCUCUGCUUCGUCACUUGCGCCCGGGUCUGCUGGCCCCUGAGGAGAGCCGGCGGCUCAAUAAAGAGCUUGGGCCGAGGGCAGGCACUGAGGGUAUGGGAGGUCCUCUGAGGCCCCGGGAGGGAAUGCUAGAGAAGAAGAUUGUUUGCGUGGACCUUAAGCCCAGGGAAGACGAGGCUUUACGAGAGAGUGACUACACAGUGGAUUGUUUUGACCCACGCACGGGAAAGUGGGAGAAACUUUCAGCCCUGGGAUCUUUGCUGUGUCCAGGCUGCACAGCUGUCGGUGGCCGGCUCUUUGUAGCUGGUGGCAUUUUAAGAACAGGUCAGGUUUCAUCAUCAAUGCACGAGUACGAUGUUGUGCUGGACCGCUGGAUAUCACGGCCAUCCAUGGAGCAGCCACGCGCCAUGUUCGGCCUCCUGGGCUCUGGAAACUUUCUCUAUGCCCUGGGUGGCUGCAAUCGAUCAGCCCUGCUUGACACUUGUGAAACGUUUGACCUCACUACAUUAACGUGGGCACCGGGUCCGCGUUUGCCGUUACCGCUGCGCUCUUUUGCCUGCGCCACGCUACGAGGCCGGCUGUAUUUGCUCGGUGGCGCCACGUUGGAGCAGAACAGGGCCAUGGUGCAUGCUGGUGUGCUCAUCUACCACACCAGUACGAGGACCUGGAAUCGUAUUGGCCUUGACUCUGGUGCCACCUGCCUGGCUGGAGGAGUAGCGGUACGUGGAGGAGUGUGUGCUGUUGGCGGGUACAUGCGCGAUGCUGCUAAAUUUCUAGACGGUAAUUACACCCAGCUGGAACCACUCGACGCCACCGGCCGAGUUCUGUUUUUCAGAGAAGGAAGGGCAGUGGGGACGGACCGAGACGUCAUGGCCGGAGUGGAGAGAAUGGGAGGUGGUGGAAGUGACCGUGCUCCCAGUCCGGUUGUUUUUCCAGGUCUGCCACGGCGCAUAGCUGCCGCAGGCGUAGCGAGGUGGAAGCGCAGGAUUUACGUACUGGGUGGUGAGAACGGCUCAAGGUUUUACGACAGUGUGUACUGCUGGAAGCCUGGCUGGAGGAGCUGGGUCCAGAGACGUGAGAAACUGCCGGGAGAAACAGGUGGAGUGAGCCAGUUUGGGUGCACCACUCUAAAGUUCCCCAAAAAACACAUCUUGGCACGCAUUAGAACAGCCCUGGAGAAGCAGGGGAAGGAAAAGAGACGGAAACGAAAGACGGAGGAUGUGGAAAGAAACCGGAACACCAGAAGGGCAAAUCAGGAAGUCUGAUUUUAUUUAAGGACUAUGUUUGGGACUCGUCCCUUUCAGUCGUCCCAAUAUUAAAUCUUUCUCACUGUACCAUUUAUGUUUUGUCUUCCCAAGAAACAGACAUCACAUUGGCAGCUAAUGUGUCUGUUGUUUUGAAGGCUCCUCUAUCUCACUGCUUUGUGUUUGAAUGCAGAUUUUUAAGGUUGGAUGCUGCUAAAUGUUCCGUAAAGCAUGUUCAGCCUGGUAACUUACUGAAAUGUCUCUUGAAUGUAUAAAAUAACAAGCAGCUGAAAUCGUACUCAAGAACUACACAACAAUCAGAACGACUCCACUCUGAAACCGAGCAAUAAAUCAGGUCUAACCUCCUAUUCAGACUGGAUUAGUUUCUUCUUUUCCAGAAAAUAUUAUCAUGUGUUCUGAACCCAGGAAAAGGAAAGGUUAUUUUCAUUCACUUCCAGUGGGCCUGAGUGUUUCUCAAAUAAUAGAAUUCUGACAUUUGCAAAUAUAAUUCAUUUCUUUUGCCAUUUCAUGGCCUCCCAGUUUAGACAGUUUGUAUUAAAAUAAUUCUACUAUGAUAAAGCAAUGAGGCAAAUUGUAUUACUGCAAAAAAAGUCCAGCAAGAGGCUGCUGCUGAAACCAGAGGCUUUAAUCAAACCUUGUAUGUAUUUUAGUCUCCAGUUUUCUUUACAGAGGUGUGAAGAGAGAUGUUCUGUUUUGAUGAACCCAACUCCUAUAUAGAACUAAUGCUGUCUGAAUAGGGCCCAAGUGUUUAAACCCAAAACUGAUGCUUUAAAAUGAAACUCGAUGCAAAAUGAAGCUUAAGCACAUCAUCUGUUAAUGAAAUGAAAUUUCCAUUUUUGUACAUUUUUGGUUUGUUUUUAAAAAUAUUAAUUUUACUGCAGUGUUUAAAGUUACGAGCACGUUGAUGUCAAUAGCCAUCUAAACAAUUCUAUCGGUGAAGAAACUGAGAUGAUUUCGCUGUUGAGAAUUACAGAAGCGGGUCGUUCCACACCACCUGAAAUACAGUGUUAUAACUUGCCGCUAAUGUUAGCGUUUAUCUGAGCCUUAUUAUUGUAUUGUAGUCUGUGUACAACAUGCCUUUGAUUUAUUGCCUUAUCGUUGCGGCUUUUAGUUCGGUGCAUCAGGAGCACGAGAGGAUGGUUUCAUCUCCAAAUCUAAAACACUUUAACAGCAAAUAACACACUAGUGACAUCAUAUGACAGUUUAACAUCCUAAUCAGUUCUAGU